UGACGUCAUGAUACUGGGCCGCUGAAACCAUAGGAAUGCGACACACUUUGUAUGUACAGCCCAAAGCUAGAGCACUACCACAGUUAGUCCGUGUGUCUGUUGUCUGUGUUUCUGUCUGUUGUCUGUCACCGUGUCCGUUGUUUCGGGUCUGUUUCGUUAUGACGACGGUACCGACGGUUUAACGGAGUCACCUUUUCUUCGCGGAAACAACUUUUGUUGCUGCAGGGAGUCUGUGUUUUCUCUCCCCCCUUCCUCUCUUUCCUCGUCCUCGGCUGCGUUUCCGACAUGAGAUCAGGUGGAUAGUGUGUGCUGCUGUUGGCCAAACUAGAAGUCUGAUGCUCGGCUGCAGCUGCCUCAGCCGCCAUCAUGUUCACCAAAAAGAAGAAGUCUCGUAUCCAGAUCUCCGCUCCGUCUAACUUUGAGCACCGCGUACAUACAGACUUUGACGAGCAGGAGCAGAAGUUUGUCGGGUUGCCGCGGCAAUGGCAGUCGCUCAUCGAAGACACAGCCAAAAGGCCCAAACCGUUCAUCGAUGUGACUGUCAUCACUACUGUAGAGCCACGCAAGACUAUUGUACGUGGCAGCAAACUCGGAGUGGACGGCUCUCUGACGUGGCUGCUGGAUGAGUUUGACACCAUGUCUGUGACUCGCUCCAACUCCCUGCGACGAGGCAGCCCUCCCACCCAGCCCCGCAAGGACUCUACCUCUUCAGGAGGAGGAGGGCAGGAGAACGGAGAUCCUCACCACAGACACUACUCUCACUCAGACAGACAAGACAGAGACAGACCCAGACCAGACCACCAUAGUGAAGGAGAUCCCCGCCAGGGUCAGCGUGCAGUCCGUCUUCCUCAGUUGGACGACGGAGUCCAGGGUCGACCCCAGCAGCAGCCCCGGGGCCAAGAGCCAAGCCGGGCCCACAGGGACAGGCCAGGCUCCGGCCCCCCUCCUCCCCCUCACAGAGACAGAGCGCAUCGGGACCGGGACCAGGAGCAGGUCGUUCACAGAGAUCAACCCAGUGACCACAGGCCAAAGUCUAGCUACGUGCCACGGGAUGGCAGCCCUCAGUCUCCCAGGGACAAGAGGCCUCUCUCUGGGCCCAACAUCCGCACCCCAAACCUGCCAGUAACGGAGGGGGUGAUGAAGACUGCCCAGCAGACAACACGGCCAUUUAACACCUACCCAAGGACAGACAGUGAGGGCGGACGCAGCCCCACAGGACAGCCGGGUCGACACCAUGAAUCCUCUCCUCAAAAUGGCCCCUCCGGCGGCUCCGCCCGAGGGUCCUCCGGCUCCAAGCCCCCUGUAAGCCACCCUCACCCUCAUCACACUUCCCACCCAAGCCUGACCUCUGAGGCCACCCAGAACCCACACACCCCUCACCCCAAUGUUCCAGCCCCGCGACCUCCUGUGCCCUCUGGGCCCCCAGCAUCAAGUGCUCCAUCUCAGGGCCGCUCUCCGCAGAGGGAGCCCCAGAGGGUUUCCCAUGAGCAGUUCAGAGCGGCGCUACAGAUGGUGGUAGAUCCUGGUGAUCCGCGUACCUACCUGGACCACUACAUUAAGAUAGGGGAAGGGUCCACGGGCAUCGUGUGUAUCGCCACAGUGAAGACCACAGGGAAACUGGUCGCUGUGAAGAAGAUGGACCUGAGGAAACAACAGCGCAGAGAACUCCUCUUCAACGAGGUGGUAAUCAUGCGGGACUAUCACCAUGAGAACGUGGUGGAGAUGUACAACAGCUACCUGGUGGGAGACGAGCUCUGGGUCGUCAUGGAGUUCCUGGAGGGAGGAGCUCUCACUGACAUUGUGACACACACCAGGAUGAACGAGGAGCAGAUUGCUACAGUGUGUUUGUCUGUCCUGAAGGCCUUGUCUGUCCUCCACACACAGGGUGUGAUCCACAGAGACAUCAAGAGUGACUCCAUCCUCCUCACUCAUGACGGCCGGGUGAAGCUGUCAGACUUCGGCUUCUGUGCUCAGGUGUCUAAGGAAGUGCAGAGAAGGAAGUCUCUGGUUGGAACACCGUACUGGAUGGCACCAGAGCUCAUAUCCAGACUGCCUUAUGGACCAGAGGUGGAUAUCUGGUCUCUGGGUAUCAUGGUCAUAGAGAUGGUUGAUGGGGAGCCGCCGUACUUCAAUGAGCCGCCACUCAAAGCCAUGAAAAUGAUUCGAGACAACCUGCCUCCCAAACUGAAGAACCUGCACAAGGUCUCCCCUCUGCUCAAGGGCUUCCUGGACAGGAUGUUGGUGCGAGACCCGGCUCAGAGGGCCACAGCCAGCGAGCUCCUCAAGCACCCCUUCCUGACGAAGGCAGGUCCACCGUCCUGCAUCGUCCCUCUGAUGAGGCAGAACAGGAUGAGAUGAGACACUAUGUGACACUGAGACCUCCAGACACUGGAGGGCGGGCAGCGCGUGCAGGUUCAGAUGGAACAGAAUACUCCUGCACACAGAGGAAGGGCCCACAGAGGUCAGAGGUCACAGACGAGAGGGCUGAAAACUCUCGGGAAAGUGCUGUGAGCUGCAAAGUGUAAAGUGGGUGUGCAGGAGUAUUCUAUUUUUCUUAUGUGAAUCACUGAACUGUGGGGAGUGUACUCCCUCAAUAAGAGGCAAUAAGGCGGUGUGUGUGUGUGUGUGUGUGUGUGUGUGUGUGUGUGUGUGUGUGUGUGUGUGUGUGUGUGUGUGUGUGUGUGUGUGUGCGCGUGUGUGUGUGUGUGUGCGUGUAUGUGUGUAAGCAUAUGUUGCCAACACUGUUGACGACAGUGUUUUAUGGCUCAUACGUGUGUGAGCUCUAUCUUGCGGAGAGAGAAGAGCGGAGAAGCCACAACUUGCCUGUUGAGUGUUUUUUUUUAGCCCAUUUCUUGUAAACAUUUUUGUUUUAACUGAUCAGGUCCUGACAUGGAAAGAUUACGGACUGAGGCUGUUUUUAUUUUUCCAUUUGGACCUUACCUGGAUUUCAAGUGUGAAGGUGGGGUUUUGCACACUAAUCAGAUGCUUUGAAGGAGCCGUGAGCCCACUGGCUGAUUUUAGAGAGAGAGAGAGAGAGAGAGAGAGAGAGAGACAUUUUAUCUCACUAUCUGGAAGCCAAACUUUUUCACUACAAGGACUUCUCUCACGGACGGAUCCUCGCCACGCCCAGAACUUACUACUGAGGGAGGAAAUCUCUUUUUGGGACUCUUAUUUUGUAGCCAAAUAAAUACUAGCUUCCUGUUGUAAACAAGCAAACAUACACUACGUCGAAAGGUAAACACUGGAGUUGUGUUUUUUUUAACAGAUGAAUUUUUCUCUUAUUUCCUCUUUAUUUUCCUGUGUAAGUACAAUGAACAUAGAGAGAUAUAUAUCAGCUUUGAUGUUUUACUAUCUCUAUUUUGUGAUUGUUUUAUUAUUAUGAUUUCCUGGUUUAUUUUAGAGAGAGAUGUGAUGAUUUUUGAAGCACUGUCGAGGAGAGAUAGAAGCUGCACUCCCAGGUUGAUUCCAGCAAGAAGAUAAAUAGACACUAGACAUUUUAUUUUGGUUUCUUUUUUUAGACCCGAUCAAGUAGAACUUUUGGACUUUAAACCUCGGUGGUCAAGAUGCCACUCGGAGCAGGAAAGGUUUUACAGAAGCAUUAAAAGCAGAGAGAAAUGAAGAAUACACCCCCUUUUAAAGUGUAAUGGGUAUAAUAGAUCCUACCCCUGUUGAAGCAUUUAUUCUUUUUCUCUUUAGAAGAGUUGGCUUUCCCCCCACCCUCUUUUUAACUAUGUUAACUAUGUCGGCUGAUUUAUGGUAGAAAAUGAACAUGAGCUAUUUUUUAGGCAACCAGCGAGUUGUUUUUAGUCUGUGGUAAAUGUCCGCUUCCUUACAACGUCAUCAACACAGCAGCUGCUGCUGAUGUGCAGGAGUGUUCGUAUCAUGUUGAAUCAAUUAAUGUUUGAUUGCCUAGUUAAUGCAUCACAGCGCUCCUGCAUCCACCUCAUCGUGUGGGACGUGUGACAUUAGCAAACAGUAGUCUUUGUCAUCUGGUGAAAACCUUAUUUAUUAGCGACAAAGAAAAAAACCCUACUCAAAAUCACACGCAGAAAGGAGUGUGACAGAUCAGCAAGAAAAGCUGCUUUGUUUGGAUUAAUAUCUCCAAGGAAUUGCAUCUGUUAAGCUCCUAAGGUGUGAAUGUCUGAAUUCAUGUGUGUUCUGUGAAAGUGGCCCAUUAGACCGAAAGAUAACAGAAGUACUUAGAAAGCAGGAAACACUUUAGUGAAGAACAGCAGCUAAUAAUAUACACAUGCAUGCAUGAGCUAAAAAAAAAUGUAUGAGACCUGCGUCAACUUGUUCUGGAUGUCACUGAGGGAGAAUAAAUGCCUCAGUUAAUUUUCUAAUAGAAAAUAAUCCCAAAUAAUCAUCAGCCGUGUAAAAACUUAAACAUGAAAAUGUGUAUUUUUUUUUAGAGAUUUUGUUGAUUUACUGGAAACAGCUUUCAUGAUAAAAGUUAAUAACAAAGUACAAAGUAUAUGAGGCUUUUUCACAUCAACACAGAUCAGUCAUUUAAAAAUAAUGAUAAAAUAAACUCCUCUGAUUGUCCCCCCCGCCAGACAUCACCCAGCAGGCUGAAUGAAACCAUGGAGAAUUAAUUACAGUUCAGUUUGACCCAGGUCUUGUUAUUAUCCACCCACUUCUGCCCUGAUGUUCCUCGAGCUGGAAUCGGAGGCGUCUUUUAUCAGCCGACAGCCGUGGUUUCACACUGUUUCUCUAGCGAUGAACAGUCAUUUAUAUAGAAGAUGAAAUUAAAGAUAAGGCCGUUACUAAUUCAUGCCUCUCAAGGUAACACGACACAGAGAUGCACAUAAACAUGGCCUGCAGACACAUUCCCCCUCUCUAUGCCAAGGCUGCUGUUUCCAUUCCUUCUAUGUCUUCCAGUUCAGCUGCUGCAGAGAGCCUCCUCUCAUUAGACGAGAGCUCAUUCACGGAGCCUUUUUCACAACUGGUUUUAAAUACUGAACCCAGAAUACUUCCCACUAAUGUCGUGCUCUGAGAGUGAACGCAGAGAAACAUUUUCUCACACUUUGAGGAAUUUUGGAUGGUGAAGCACACUUGCUGUUCUCUUAUGUACUUUUCUACAUACAUAUACAGUAUAUUAAUAUAAAUAUACUGCUACUAAUCCUAUACUGCCGCUGUAGGUGCACUGUACUCCAGCUCUCCUGAUACAGUGAACAAUCAACGACUGAGGCCUUUUUUUUACGAAGAGUAGCAGCACAGAGGAAGUAGCUUUUAUUCCAAGCUGUUUGUUUUGUUGAUAAUAAUAUAAUAAUAACAAUGUUGAUAAUUUCUACAAAGCACAGCGAGCUACGGUUUAAAGAGAAAGAUGUGAGCAGUGAAUGAAACUCACUGUUAUCCUGUGUAUUAACACUGCAUAGCUGCUUUUCUUGGAAGAUCACUAACUACCGCAUAAAGCAGCAUUAUCCACCAGGAUGUUUGUCAUUGCGGUUACUGAGGUGAUGCUGGCUCCAUUAGGGCUGCACUGUAAACAGUAGAAAUACUUCCUUCCAGGCAUCAGUGUCUGUAACUUCAUGCUGUAGUCAUGUUUUCAAGUAGGUGAACUGUGUUGUCUCUGGACUCAGUGGACUCAUAUAACACAAUUAACAUUUCCUGCAUGCUGUUUUAGAAUCGGUGUGAGCAGAGAAAAUUUAGUUUUCUUUUCUUAGAAACGUGUAUCAUCGUGUUUACGUGCCCGGGCUGGUGGAGCUUCAGGACUAGUUUGUUUUGACUGCAGGCUCAAACGUAGGUUAAUUGUAAUCUUUGUCCCGGACACAAAACAUUCACUCAGAAGACAUUUCUGGUAGGCGUUUUGUACUUUGUCUCCUUGGCAGCUCGCAGACAGUAAAUCUUAGGCUGUGUCAGUUUUGUGGGUCUGGUCAAAAGUGGGACAAGCCAAUAAUGACUCACAGGUUACGAAACGUGUUGUCAUGUUUCAUGUUUAUAGUUUAUAAUCAGAGACACGAUGGCUGAGCUGAAAGAAACAAUAGACUGAAUGACAAUCAGCUGUAGUUCGAGUGGAUGAGACACUUUCUAUUUUGAGAGUGUUUUUCUUCAGAAUCUCAUAUUUGAAUAUCCCAUUUCUUUUAAAUCCAUUUUGGUUCAUCACUUACUAUGCUUUAAAUAAAACAGCUGUUGACUACAAAUAGACUUUAUAAUGAAGGUUAGGACCUGCCUCCUGCUAAAUGCUGGUAAAUGUGUUUCUUGCUGUUACUGUUUGAGAGGCCCUUGGGUGGCUGGCUAAUGGGAUUUAUACAUUUGAUAAUAUUGGGGCCAGUGAUAGGAAAAGAUAAUAAUCUGAGAUUCUGGGAAUCAGUAAUAUUAUGAGAAAAAAGUAAGUCCCAACGGAGUAAAAGUAGGCUGCUUUGAGAUCAAAGUGUCGUUAUGAUUAAAUUCAUUGGAUUACGUACAUGUUUUAGCAUUUCCUGAAAGUCUAAACUACAAACUACAGUCUUUACUUGUGUUUGGACUUUGCCUGCUGUGUCUGUUUGUUGACUCAUACAUCAUUUCCCCGAACUUGUUUCAUUUGAAUAUCCUAAAACCUGCGAUAAGAAGGUGUUUAUUGGUGAUAUUUCCUGUAAAUAGUUUUAUUUCCCAUAAAUUGUCAACUUUAGUCUCUGAAUAUUCAGACUUUAUCUUAAAAUGAACUCUUGGAUGAUUUAUUUUCCUAAUAGUGGCUCUGAAUACUCUGUUGUCCCUCAUCCUACCUGUAAACAAACACACUCUCUAUGGUAUUACAGACUCUAAUGUUGUUUAUCUUGAGCCUCAUCCCAACUUUUAUCAGUUUUCCUUUUGAUUUACAAUGUGAAAAUCCAAAAUCUGUUCACUCUACCUGUGGAUUGAUGUUAUUAGGUAGACUGUAACUACAUUGUUAUUGAAUCUACUGUUGUGUGUGUGUGUGUGUGCAUGGGAGUUCUGCGAGGGUAUGUUUGUAUGCAUAUUCAUGAGUUCAUGCCUUAACAUUUACAAUCACUACUCAACGGAUAAUGAGUCUGACUUGACACUACAACUGUUGGAGAGGAUGAAAGUUGACUUCCGUCACUCGUCUCUUCUCACCUUAAAAAGUCUUUUAAGUAACUUUGAUGUCGUUUUUGUGCCAAGUGCUGUUUGCGUCUUUUGGUUGAUGCGUUAAAAAAUUACAGCUCUCAUUAACAUUCCUGACAAGUUUCCAAAUUGCUGAGACCACUUUCAGAUUGAGGGUUUUUUCAGGGUGACUUUUUAUCUAACAAACGUGGUUACUGAGUGCCUCAAAGUCGGCGCUCUUCUCACCUCAGUUGAGUUUUGUCCGAAGGGAGGUUCGGUCCAAAGGGAUUUUUCCAGAAGCAAGGACGGCUGGGAUUCGUUUCUGUUCAGUACCUCCCUGCUUCACACCGCAGAGCUUCCAAAAGAUUUCUGUUGAUUUCUCUUAUUAGUCGCCAAUGAGCAGCUCCGGUGCUGCUGUUCAGGGUUUAGUGCCUUGCUUAGGGGCAUGUUUUGGGGAUUGUCCUGUUAACUGAGUAGUCUUGUUUCUUGGAAAAAAAACCCCCAACCCUUUCAGGACUGAGUGAACCACUACUGACCAACCAGCCUACUCUAUAAAAUAUGUGACAAAAAGAAACAGAUGAAUUCUUUCUCUCAUCGACUCGCCUCUUGUGUAAAAGCUGAUUUUUUUUUUUUUGUUGAUCUGUUGCAGUAUUGACAUGUUUUUGUCAAACAUCGGAUUCCAGCAACUGUUCCUGCACCAUCUUGUUUUUGUAAACUUCACUGGUAUUGUAAAAAAAAAACAUAGACUUCACUUUGCAAAUUUUACUUCUUUUUUUUUUUUUGUUUGUUUUGCAAAUACAGAUUUUGUAAAAGUCAA